ACGAAGACAAUCCCCAUUGGACACACUGCGGACACGCUCCUGGGACACACUCGAGACCUUUGGUGGGCUAAUUCUUGACGGGGGUAGGGGGUGGGGGGCUGUCCUGGAUUCUCACCCUGCACUGCCUCGUAUCUCAUCCGUCCUUCUGGGCUAAAAGAGCAGUGAGUGAGCAUCAUUAAGCAGGACCUCCCUCCUGUUGACUCCUAAAAGGACAAGAAAAACACUAUCAUUCAUCAUCAUGAGGAUCUUCAACCUGCUCUACCUGCUCACCUUGUUCCUGGUUUUACUCACGACUGUGGUAGUCCCAGUCUCCUCCGCCAGGCCAGAUUUCAUGAACCUGAGGAGAAAGUACCACAGGCACUUUUGCCUGCACAGACGCUGCCUGCCUCUCCACUCCAGGGUCCCCUUCCCCUGACCUGCAGCAAAUAUGUAGUCCAAACAUCACUAGUGGGAUCCCAUGAAACUAAGAACAACAAAAGGGGAACCACGGCCUGACGCAAACGCCACAAGAGACAAUCGUGUUUUGUCCCAGCACCUUGUCUUCCUCUUCAAUGAACCAAAAAUCCGAGGGGGGAGCGGAAGUCCGAAGGAACAAAAACAAGCAAAAAGUCUUAAUUAAAAAAGCUGCGGACCCAAAGAGUGUUUAUAUAUAAUGCAUUGUAUGCACUUCUA